CAAUAUUGAUCUUGGCGGGAGCGGUAUCUUAUCCAAUAUCAAUAAUCUGCGAAGGUUCUCGGCGUUGGUAGUGUCGAUUUCUCCCCUUACAUCAUGUUGAGCGACACGCUGAGUUUCCAAAUAGGGAAAAAAUAGGUUUCGCAUUGCAGUAUAAAAGCGAGCAUUAGCUUACCCUUUCAUCUACUUCAUAAGAACCACCUAACCGUUCACUCACAUACCAAAAUGCUUCACAAACACGUUGAUUCCGAUGAAAUUAUGAAACACGCUCAAGAGUCCCCUGUCAGGAACCACACCGACAGAGGCAAGCACGUUACUACCUUGGCUUAUGGCUCGCGUUAUGCUACUGAGGGGAUCCCAAAGUUCAAGCUGCCUGAACAAAGUACCGAAGCACAAGCUGCAUACCAGCUCAUCCAUGAUGAACUGGAGCUUGAUGGAAGACCUAAUAUGAACUUGGCAUCAUUUGUCCAUACUUGGAUGGAGCCAGAAGCCGACAAACUCAUCAUGGAAAAUAUCAGCAAGAACCUUUCAGAUCAAGACGAGUACCCAGCUACAAUGAAGAUCCACGCUAGAUGCAUUUCCAUCAUUGGAGAUAUGUGGAAGAGUAAGGGAGCCGUAGGAACUGCCACCAUCGGAUCCUCUGAAGCUGUGCAACUUGGUGGUCUCGCUAUGAAGAAGCGCUGGCAAGCAAGGCAAAAGGCUGCAGGAAAGGAUACUUCCAGACCUAACAUCAUUAUGGGAAACAAUGCACAAGUCGCUCUCGAGAAGUUUGCUCGGUACUUUGAUGUUGAAUGCCGUUUGAUCCCUGUCUCGGCCGAAAGCCAUCAUUGCCUGGAUAUCAAGAAGGCAGCUGAAGCUUGCGAUGAGAACACCAUCGGUGUAUAUGUCAUCCUCGGUAGCACUUACACUGGCCAUUUCGAAGACGUUGAAGGCAUGUCCAAGGAGUUGGACAGAGUCCAAGAAGAGAAGGGCUGGGACAUUCCUAUUCACGUUGAUGCUGCUAGCGGUGGUUUCGUAGCACCCUUUGCAUUCCCUAAGCUCAAAUGGAGUUUUGAUGUUCCCAGAGUCAAGUCCAUUAAUACCUCUGGUCACAAAUUCGGUCUCGCCUACGCCGGUGUCGGAUGGGUGCUCUGGAAAAAUGAAGACUUUUUACCUAAAGAACUCAUCUUCACUCUUACUUACUUGGGUGCCUCGGAGCAAACUUACACACUCAACUUCUCUCGUCCUGCCUGCUUCAUGAUUGCUCAAUAUUACAAUUUUGUCAGACUGGGUCGACAAGGCUAUACCUCUAUCAUCAAGAAUGAUAUGCACAACGCCAAAUUGCUGUCACGCGCUUUGGAAAACUGCGGCUAUUUCGAUUUAGUAUCAGAUAUGCAUCGCGCUAAGGGCGUUUUUGGAUAUGAGCGAGCAAGCGGUCUCGAUGCCAUCAAGGAGUCAGUCAAGGGCAUUACAGAGUACAAUGAAGCUUUACCUGUUAUCGCAUUCAAGCUGACUGACGAUUUCAAGCGCGAGAACCCUCACGUGAAGCAAGCUGCUGUGUCAACCUUGUUGCGUACCCGUGGUUGGAUCAUCCCCAACUAUCCCCUUCCACCUAACGAAGAAAAUAUUGAAAUUCUCCGCAUCGUCGUCAGAGAAUCUUUCAGUCAGGAUCUGGUUGAUACCGUCCUGUCUGACAUCAUUUGGUCUGUUGAAACGCUAGCUGCAAGUGAGAGCGGCUUUGAUGCUGAAGUCUUUGCUCAAAAGACUGACCCUAUUCAACAUGCUCACAAGUUGGAUCACCCAGCUCACGAAGGCAGAAAGAAGAAAUACGGCAGUCAAUGCUAAAUAUCUUUAAUAUAAGGUUGAACUGUUAUGCUGUAAAUGUGAAUUGACAAUAAAAAAAAAACUUUUGUUAAUAUAUCUGUACUGUAUUGUAUGAAUAUAGAUAGGCUACGGUUGAUAUGGCUACUAAGGAACGUUCACUUAUAGGCACUAAAGAUCUUUUCUUCUUGAAACCUUUGCCUUGAAAGAAUCUUUCCAAAUGGUCAAAGUAAUGAAGUGACGAAUAUCUUCUGCAUCUUUCAUGCUUUCUGGUAUCGUAUCAAAAUCAAACUUCUUGAUCAAAGUAGCAAUUACAAGGCGCAUCUCCUGGAGAGCAAAGUUUUUGCCAAUGCAGUUUCGGGAUC